CCCGAGAGGAGUUUGCAGUCUUUGGUUUUCUCCCAAUCGACUCGAGAGAAGACUUUGCCCUCUGCUGAAAAGAAGCGAUUAAUAAACCUGAAAGAAAUCGAAGGUGCUAAAUUCACCGUCCGCCUUGCUUUCACCUGUCCCGGUGCCAGAACCUGAUCGAGAGUAAAUAAGGAAAUGCGGGUAGUCGCAAACUUAUAGUCCGUGCAAUUGACGCGUAACUGCAGAGGGGAGAGUUCAUGGCGCAGCGCGGAGGCUGCAAUGGGGAACGUCCUCCGGCUCUGCGCAACCAGGAAAAGUUCCAAAAAAAGUAAAUCAAUAAAGAACAGCACAGUUUCCGAGAGGAGGACAAGAGAUGACAAAUAUAUGCAGUCAAGGAUACAUGAGGAUUCUCAUCCCUAUGAUGAAGUAGCUCCUGACAUACCAUUAUAUGCUCAAAUUAAUAAAAAGAGGCCAGAAGAUGUCCACUAUGCUGAAGUUCAUGUGAUUCAACAGGGAUCUCAACGCACUCUCAAGCAAGUUAAGGCAAGACAGAAAGAAAAUGCAACGGAGUAUGCAACCAUUAACUUCACUCCUGUGGUAAAAUAUGACAGAAAAAAUGGGACUCUAGUAUAAAGCCAAACAAAUGUUGUAUGGCUUAAAAAAAUGCAUCUUAUGUAGCCAUUUCAAAAGGACACUGAUUUAGCAGUUGCAAAAUACACACCUGGUUGUGACCUUGCUAAAAUAAUAAUUUGCCAAUAAUCAGGGAUAUAUUUUAUGGAUGCUCAUUUUGGUUAAAAUGAGCAAAAAUUGCAAAUAUAUUACCAUACAAUAUUCUCAUGACACCUUUUUUGGCUAGUUGUUAAAAGAUUUAUUUCUUAAAAACAUGCUUCUCAUUAUAAUGUGUCUUUUACAUGACACACCAUGCUCAGAGGAAAAUAAAGUCUGCCUUUGGAAGUGCUUAUGUUUGCUAAAUGAUAGUGUGCCUUUUAAAAUGAUUCCUCUUGAGACAUUUUACCCAAUUGACCAAAAGUCUAUAUUUAAUAAAGUAGUUCAGCUGUCUGGUUACAUCACAGCAAUAGUUUAACUUAGAUUCCAGAACCAUUGCAAGAGAGAUUUGAUAUGUAUCCUUCAAGUCAGAUUGCAGGUAAAAGGACUAGGUGCUGAAGUUUUAGCCUCUUAAUUCACAUCAGCCUUGAACUGUAAAAUAGUUCCGGUUUCUUACAACACUAAAGUACAGAUUUAAUUAAUUUUUGGUGAUUAAAUGUGACUUCCUAUUGAGCCUGUUCACUACAUGUAACUUUUCACAAUUUUUAGCACUUGGUUAUGGUGGGGUGAGAUGGUGGCUAAUAUAAGGUUUGCAUAAAAUAGUAUUGGUAACUUCUGACAUUGGGUUCAAAGAAUACUAUUGGAACAAAGGAAAGGUAGUUUUACAUUGUACCUAACUUAUUCUGUACAUGAAAUGAGCACUGACUCUGGGUACAAAAACUGAAGGACAAUAUCCCUUUUCCAUCCCAUGUCUUUCACCAGAGUGCACGUUUAACUGACAUUGACAUGAUAUACAAUCUCUUAGUUGAUCCUUGGCCUGGGUUGAUAUCAUAACACAAGGAAUGUUCCGUUAAAACUUGAAGAUUUCCUGCUCUUUUUAGUAUGUGCAAUGUCCAAUAAUAGUAAUAUAAGCAACGUAGAGUAUUUUUAUCACAUUGUGGAUAUAUUAGCAAUUGUUCUGAUAGAAUAAACAAACAUGAAGUUUUCCUAAAAAUGUGUUUUAGUGCAGUACAACCAUCUUGAUGUUCCUGUCCUUUGUUAGGUGGGAUUGAAUCCUAUAUUUAAAAAAUGAUAACCCACUUACUAUGAAGUCCUGGGUGGGCAUGCUGUGAUGUGCACUAGAAUAAGUUUGCACUUGAUUAAAUCUUAUUUGAUGAGUUAACUGAAUAUUUUGUAAUGACCUGUAUGCUUAAAGCACUUGAUUAUGUGUACAGAUAUUAUAAAUAUAUCAAUUUUUUUAAAAGCACCAGUAUUGUAUGCUUUUAUUAAUGCUCUGGAGAUGGAUAUUUAAAGGGUCAGGUGGUGUUGGGGCCUGCAUGUGGGCCCCCAUCUUUGUCCUGAAGGUCAUCUCAGGAGCCCAAUGCCUGUGGGACAGUUGUAUUCUUAGCAUUUUUGAGGUACUUGUUUCUUUGGUCCAAGCACUGCACCAAGUUUUGUCGUCUGUUUAUUUUCAAUCUCCUGGUCUCUUGUGGAGUUCCUGCUUUAAUUGGCAAAGCAAUAUCAGGACCCAAAAUGACUGCUGCUGAAUUUGGCACAGCACUUUCCUCCUAGCCAGUUUGGCCAUUUACAUUUGUUACCACACCACUUUAUAUUGGGGGGGAAAAAAAAUGGGUUGGGUCCAGAAUUCAUCCAGGUGCUGAAAGUUCAGUCCCUGAGUUGUAAAGGUUGACAGUACUAAAGCUAAUUUUGAGGUGUUCUGAUUGGAUUAUGUAUGUUUUCUUUAUUUAGUUUGUAUAACAAUGGAAAACUUUUAAAGUAGAAUAAUCCUGUUCAAAAAUGUCCCAAAAUGAUCAAAGAUCACAACUGCAUCAUUGUAGAUAUUCUAUAAGAACUGUCUGUGUUCAAUAAGGAUAAAAAUAUUUGAAUGAUGCAUUUUUUUAAACAAAAUCAUGUACGAUCACCAUUCAGACAAAUCUCCCAUUGCUUUAAGGCUGAAAUGAUCCUAAAUACAAAUCUUAAUUUGUCAUUUUUUUUAUAUCGCUUCAAGACAUCACAAAGCACUUCACAGCUAACGAAAUACAACAUAUUUGUUUCAGAGAUGGUAGGAACUGCAGAAUCUGAGAAAAAAAAGGUGUAGAGCUGGAUGAACACAGCAGGAAAGCUGACGUUUCGGGCCUAGACCCUCCUUCAGAAAUAUAACAUAAGUGGUUGAUUCCAGCAGACUGCAGGACUGGGAUAAGAAGGCAUUCCUUCAAAGUGUUGUGAAUCUUUUAGACUUCUCAAAUCCAGUGUGUUAUGGAUACUCUGACUUAUUUAAGGUUGAGAAUAGUCAGAUGUCUUUUGGUCUAAAGAAAUCAGUUUGUCUGCGUAGGCAGCAAGAAAGUGGAGUUAAAGCUAAACAUCGACUGUUGUACUAAAUAAUGGAGCAGGCUUAAUGAACCAUACAGCCUAUUCUGCUCCACUAUCUUGUGGAACAGCAAAUAAGAAAUUACUAAAUUAAUCAGUUUAGUUGAGAAAUGGACUUUGGCCCCCUCAUUAUGUUAUUUAACUUUUCUUUUGCCUAUUCCAUGUGAUCUUUUGGACUAUGUCUUAGUACCUCAACUGAAAGACAGCAAUUAUCAACAAUGCAGCAGUCUUUCCGAAGGAUAGAAAAGGACUAUAGUUCGUUCAUGUUCAUACUACUUCCUUUGACCGUGUAACCUGACGACCUAACUGAGUUGAGUAUACUAUCCCUCAUGGAGGGGGAGGGAAAGGGAGGGGUCGAUCUGAGCUGUCUGAAUACCCAUUGUUCCGAUUUGGCUGGGGACCUUUUCAACUGGUCAAUGAAUGCUGCAGUGAAUAUGGCCAUCAGUAUCAACCAGUUAUGUGGACAAAUUGCAUUAACUUUUUGGAAAUAUAUACAUCAGAAUUGUGCACAAUCUUGGUUUUUUUAAUAAUUUAGUUUAAAAAGGUGAAGAAAGAACAUUUAACCUUUUUAAAUCUUCAGUGUCAGAGGUUUGUGACCAACGUAUUUUCUUGUGAUUUUGUCACCGAAAUAUCUAUCGCAUUUCUAUUGUGGGAGGGUUAGGCAAAUAUGGGUAGCACAAGUGAGAUCCCUACCAGAAAAAAAAACCCUACUUUAAAUAUAAUUCAUCAUUCUUCAACUUGAGGAACUUUAAGGAAUUUUGUUUUAUGAAUUAGCUUAGCAGCAUUUUGCCACAGUGCAGAGUCACAAUUGGUCUUAGACUCUAAGGCACCCCAAAAGGAGGCAAUUGAGCCCAUUAUUGCUUGUGUUGGCUCUUGGUAGACCUAUAUUCAAUUAAUCUCACUCUUGUUGUUUCUGUAUAUCCCGACUUAUGUCUCUUUCAAGUAUUCAUCCAUUCCUUGUUGAAUAUUCCAACUUCACCCUCAAAAGAAUGGUGCAAUUAUUUUUGCUUCAUUAUUAGUUGGGUUACCUGAAAUACAAAUGUUCAGGGGAUGGUGAUGCUGCUUUGUUUAAAUACAAUUAUUAUGUUUUC